AUGAGAAUUCAAAGCCUAAGAAAAGUCUGUCAAGUCUCCCGAUUGAACAUUCCUCUUGUCAAUGAGAAAAUAAGCGAUCAUGUUUUUGGAGAAAAGGCGAAAAAAGUGGGAAAAUGCGAAAAUUUGGAAGAAAUUGAAUGGUCGUUGAGAAAUAUGAAGAUUUUUAAUGAAGAAUGCUCAGAUUUCGAUUCAGCCGAAAAUCUCUCCCUUCCAACUUUACUCUCUCCAAAUCUCGUCGAGCACACCGAAAAAGCCGCCCUCGAUGGAAUCGGAGACUCUUUUUUCAAAAAUAUUUCUGGCGUCUUGGACGUUAAAAAUCUCCCGUCUGCUCCGACUUCUUUUGUUUUGAAUGAAUCUGGGUGGAUCAAGUACAAAAGUGGCAAAAAGCCGAAGAAAAUUGACUAUCCUGAUGAAAAAUGCCUCGUUUUCGAUACUGAAAAUAUUGUCCGAAUUGGCAGCUGCCCAGUCAUGACUGCUGCCGUCUCCGACUCCGCUUGGUACACCUGGAUCAGCCCUAAAUUCUUCUCCAACUCUCUUCCAACCGACGAUCAUCUCCAAAAAUCCGACCUAAUCGACUUUGGUCCUGAAGAACAAAUUCUCAUCGGACACAAUGUCGCUUUCGACAGAACACGAGUUCAACAAGAAUAUGAAUUCAAGAGCAACAAGACCUUUAUCGAUACAAUGUCGCUUCAUAACUCGCUUCAUGGGGUUAGUUCCAAGCAAUAUGCGCUGAAGAAGAAGUCGGAAUCAACCAAGCUCAAAUUCAGUGACCGAUAUCUGUACGGUCCCGACUUCAGAUGGCUGCACUACUGUUCUCUUUCCAACUUGGCCGAUGUCCACCAUUUCUACCACAAAAACGCCCCGCCAAUGGACAAACAAAUCCGCAACAUUUUCGUCGACGGAACAAUCGACGACAUCCGCAAAAAUCUUCACGAUCUCAUGGCCUACAACAUCCUCGACGUCAAAGCAACAGCUGAAGUCUUCGCCGCGACUUUUCCUCUCUAUUUGUCGAGGUAUCCAAAUCCUGUGAAUUUGUUUGGAAUGCUGAAGAUGGGAUCGCCGAAGUUAAAGAUUACCGCUCCAGCUUGGAACGAAUACGUCGAAAAGUCGAAUGAGGAAUUCGAAGGUAUGAAGAACACGCUUGAAUGCGAUGUUCUACCUGAUCUGGCAAGAGCUGUGUUUGAAAAAUACAAGUCUUCUUGGCUCGAAUCUGCCGGGAAGGAGAAUUUCGAUGCGCUUGAAAAGCGACAUCUUUGGAACUCCGACCCUUUUCUUGCCUCACUUGACUGGUCACCAGCGACGAAGAAGAGCCCCCUGCCAAAGUGGAUCAAGCCUAUUUUGAAGGAAAAGCGACUAUCGAUGAAUAACAGAUCAGUUCCUUACCUUCUUCGCCUCGAGUGGGAAGGAAAACGGGUUCUUCAUUCGAAAAAAACUGGUUGGGCGCAUGUGAAUCAGAAUUCGGAAGAAUUGACGCCUUUGCCGCAUGAUAAAGCGGGUCAGAAAGUCGGAAUGCUCAUGACGAGUAAUUACUCGAAGCACAUUCUCAGCGGGAAAUUGACAACUCGCUGCGAAUUCGGGAAAGAAAUCAUCAAGAAGAUCAUGGAAGUAAAUACCCGCGGUUCCUACUGGCGCGCCUACCGCGAGCGCUUCAAAAAGAUCUUGUUCCUAAAUGAUAAAGAGGAUAGAUACAGCUGGCAUUUGCCGAUGCAAGUUCCUCAUGGAACUGUGACUCGAAGGGCGAAGGAUUCUUUUUGGAUGGUCGCCCAGGGAAAUGACUCGAACGAUGAGAAGCUUGGAAUGGGGGCGUUUUCGCUGGCACAGAUGGAUGAGGAUUGGGUGUAUGUAAGCGCGGAUGUUGACAGUCAGGAAAUUUGGAUUGCGUCGCUCUUUGCUGAUAUGUACAAAGAUCUUGGAGAAGUUGGAGUUACCGGCCUCUCGUACAUGACUUUGAACGGAUCAAAAGCAGCUGGGACGGAUAUUCAUACCAUCACCGCGAAUCAAGUUGGAAUGGAUCGAAACUCAGCGAAGAUACUCAACUAUGCCAGGCUUUACUUAUGCGGCAAGCAGAAUGCCUUGGACCUACUCGGGCCGAAAGACGGAGCUGGAAAGAUUGUGGAUGAGCUGUGGCGAUUUACGAAAGGAAAGUCAGUACUGAUAAGAAAUCCAGUCAGCCAGGAGGGGAACAAAAUUUUGUCAGAUGGGAUCAACCAGUUGGAAUUUUUGACGGAAAAUGAGGCGAAACGAUUCAAAUUUCUUGUUCAAAAGCUGCAGUCGGAUACGAUGCUCCGCGACAGUGAAAAGGACGAGCUUUUACAGUCAAUUUACAAGCUCGUUCCAGCUGCGAAAAAGACCAUUGACGAAAUCGAAGAUCUCUUUGACGAGCCCAGGCGAGUCUUUGCCAACGGGAUCGAAUCAGAACUCUUCAAUUAUCUCCAACUUACUGCCAUUGAGGACCAGCCUGUGACUCCCGUUCUAGGCGGGAAUCUGCCAAUGCCGCUUUUGAACCGAUACGCGCCAAUGCACCAGACGACGCGAUGCAACUGGCUGAUUCAGUCUUCUGCUGUUGAUUUUCUUCAUUUGUUCUUGGCGAAUAUGGACUACUUGAUCAAGGAAUACCGGAUCAACGCGUUCUACAGCCUGUCCAUCCACGAUAUGAUCCAGUUUAUUUCGUCCAAAGAAGAUCGCUAUCGAACGGCACUUGCCUUCCAGCUGGCUCAUUUGUACACUCGCGCAUAUUUUUCCCUGAAAUGCGGGCUCCCUCAGCUGCCGCAGAAUGUCGCCUUCUUUUCUUCAGUGGAAAUCGACCGGUCAAUGAGAAAAGACAAGGGACUGCCGUGGAACAGCGAACUGUAUGGGGAUGAUCCAGGAAGAGCAGAAACGCUCGAUAUUUCUAGAAUAAUUGAACUGACAAAUGGAACACUCUCUAAAUAA